CUCGCUUUCAAAUAUUCCGACUUCAAAAUAUGCUCCCAUUCCGGUUUGAGGACACGCCCUCGCAGCACGCUCCCAUCAUCAUGGCGUUCCCCAUACUCAAUGGAAACAGUUAGCCCUCAUCGACCAGGGUUCGCCAUGAGCAUUCACUCGUCCAUCUAUCCCAACGUCAAAUUCGUGCUUGGUAUUAUUAUACACGAGGAGGGCAUUGUGUGCGUGCGAAUGGACGAAGGAGACGGACUGAGGAAACGAUAUAACGAAGCUGCUCAGUGGGUGCUCCUUUGUUGA